AAAAAGCUUAAAAACCCCAGUUUCAGAUCCUCCGUUUUCUUCAUCCACACACAAAAGCAAAUCACCAUGGGUCAAGGAACUCCCGGAGGCAUGAACCGGCAAGGUAUGCCCGGAGAUCGGAAGAACGACGGCGAGAAAAAGGAGAAGAAAUUUGAACCAGCAGCUCCGCCGACUCGUGUCGGUCGGAAACAGCGAAAGCAGAAGGGACCAGAAGCUGCGGCUAGGUUACCUACGGUGACGCCGCAUUCAAAGUGUCGGUUAAGGCUCUUAAAGCUUGAGCGAAUUAAAGAUUAUUUGUUGAUGGAAGAGGAAUUUGUGGCCAAUCAGGAGAGAUUGAAGCCACAGGAAGAGAAGACUGAAGAAGAUAGGUCAAAGGUCGAUGAUCUACGUGGAUCUCCGAUGAGUGUUGGAAAUCUUGAGGAGCUUAUUGACGAAAAUCACGCCAUCGUGUCGUCAUCUGUCGGACCGGAGUAUUACGUUGGAAUUCUGUCGUUUGUUGAUAAGGACCAGCUUGAGCCUGGAUGUGCAAUCUUGAUGCACAAUAAGGUUCUUUCUGUUGUUGGGCUUCUUCAAGAUGAUGUCGACCCCAUGGUGUCUGUGAUGAAGGUUGAGAAGGCUCCUUUGGAGUCUUAUGCUGAUAUUGGUGGGCUAGAUGCUCAGAUACAAGAGAUCAAGGAGGCAGUCGAGCUUCCUCUGACUCACCCUGAAUUAUAUGAGGACAUAGGUAUCAAACCUCCAAAGGGAGUUAUACUCUAUGGAGAGCCAGGAACAGGCAAAACUUUGCUUGCCAAGGCAGUGGCAAACUCUACAUCAGCAACUUUCUUACGUGUUGUUGGAAGUGAGUUGAUUCAAAAGUACCUCGGUGAUGGUCCUAAGUUGGUCAGAGAACUCUUCAGAGUUGCCGAUGACCUCUCCCCAUCUAUCGUCUUCAUUGAUGAAAUCGAUGCCGUUGGCACAAAGAGAUAUGAUGCCCACUCCGGUGGUGAGCGUGAAAUCCAGAGGACUAUGUUGGAAUUGUUGAAUCAGUUGGAUGGUUUUGAUUCGAGAGGUGAUGUUAAAGUGAUACUUGCAACUAAUAAAAUCGAAAGUCUUGAUCCCGCAUUGCUUCGACCUGGUCGUAUAGAUAGGAAGAUAGAGUUCCCACUUCCGGAUAUCAAAACAAGAAGGCGCAUAUUCCAGAUACAUACAUCAAGAAUGACACUAGCUGAUGAUGUGAACUUGGAAGAAUUUGUUAUGACUAAAGAUGAAUUCUCCGGGGCUGAUAUCAAGGCUAUUUGUACCGAGGCUGGAUUGCUUGCUCUAAGAGAACGUCGAAUGAAGGUGACACAUCCGGAUUUUAAGAAGGCAAAAGACAAGGUUAUGUUCAAGAAGAAGGAAGGUGUACCAGAAGGGCUUUAUAUGUGAAAACCCUUUUGUUUUUAUUGUAUUUGGACAUACAAAGUGUUUUGUAUUCGACUAUGUUUUUAUUAUUAUUUUGUUGUUGAUUUUGCCUCCUAAAUUCAUGUUGGAUAUCCUAACAAAGUAAUGUUAUUGGAUCUUCAUUCAUCAACAACUAUGUUAAAAUAUA